AUGGCCCCUUCACCGUUUGCUAUUGCUGGUGCAACUGCACUUUCCGGGGUAAUAUAUUUGGUGGUGGUUUCGGUCUAUCGUCUCUAUUUGCACCCUUUGGCCAAAUAUCCUGGACCAUGGUUGGCAAAGGUCACAUCUCUCUACGCAGCAUAUCUCUCAUAUACCGGUGAAAUUCACUUGGAGAUGUGGCGGGCUCAUGAGAAGUACGGCGAUGUUGUCCGCUUCGGACCAAAUAGGCUUCUCUUCCGGACCAGUACGGCAUUGAAGGAUAUAUAUGGCUUUGGACAAAAUAUCCGAAAAUCAGCUGCUUACCACCAAUUCCCGACCAAGUUUGCUUACAGUACCCAUAAUGCUGUGGACAAGAACAUGCAUCGCCGGAAGAGAAAGCUUGUCAAUCAAGCCUUCACCAAGAAUGCGUUGAAGAUCUGGGAGACAUCCCAGCUUCAACAGAUUCGAAUCAUGUGCAAUGAACUAAUUCAGCCGUCUUCUACGCCCAGUCUAAGUGAGAAGGAAGGCUGGAGUAGCCCGAAGAAGAUGUCAGAUUAUGCUCUAUACCUCAUGUCGGACAUUGUAAGUGACUCUGUCUUCGGAACUCCCUUCCGUACCCUGACAGAGGAAACCAACCGGCAUGUUCUCCACCUGGUCCACAAGUCUUACGAAUGGAUCGGAAUCAUUUUUCAAUCGCCAACUAUAUCAAAGCUCGGUCUUGAUGGGUACGUGAUACCUCAACUGGCGCGUGCACGGCAAACAUUGCGGGAUGACUUUAGAAUCCUAAUGAGAGACCGGAUCAACUCGAAACCGGAAAAGCGAGAUAUUUUUAGUAUAUAUAGCGAAUACAUCGAUGAGGAGACUGGGGAGUCAUUCCCCCUUUCUGAAAUAACCUCUGAGUCUCUUCUCUUGUUUGGAGCGGGACCCGACGCUACCUCAACAUCCUUGACCGCCGCAUUCUUCUACCUGGCCCGAAACAAAGACGCAUAUAACAAGGUGGUAGCCGAAGUUCUCUCCACGUUCACAGAUGUGGAAGAGAUCGUUGGCGGACCGAAGCUAAGCAGCUGUCAAUACUUACGCGCUUGCAUUGAUGAAGCGCUGCGGAUGAACCCCGUCAACGGUGGAGCGUUGUGGCGUGAGGUCAUUUCUGGAGGUGCUACAAUCGAUGGCCAUUCUAUUCCUGCUGGCACAGAUGUCGGCGUGGCAAUUUACAGCAUCCAUCACCAGGCCGACUACUAUCCCGACCCUUUCACUUACCGGCCUGAGCGGUGGAUUGCCAGUCCUGAGACGGGCAUUUCCCCUGCUGCAGUAGAUGUCGCCAGAAAAGCCUGGUGUCCGUUCUCCAUUGGCCCUCGUGGUUGUGUGGGGAAAUCGCUGGCCUUGACCCUCCUUCAUAUCAGCCUAGCUAGGGUCCUGUUUCUGUACGAGAUGCAGUUGCCUAAAGAUGAACAGCUGGCCCGUGUUGGGGAGGGCAUGCCAGGUCUGCCGUUCCCUCGGAAUCUUACCGGUGAGCUUCAGUCUAAGGGCACUUUCUCCAGCAUCGUGCAUGGCCCCAUGUUGGAGUUCAGGCGACGGUAG